GUCGCGGAAGCGGGAAGGAAAAGUCUUACUGCGCCCGGGAGAAAAGCGGGGCCGGUGGGUCGUGUGAAUGCGGGCACGGGCAAGGGUCGGCGGUUGCGGGAUCAUGACGAAGCUGCUUCAGUGGCUCGGCUCUCUGGCCAUCCUGGGUAGCAUCUGGGCUGCGUUGAUGUUGGAUCUCGUGGGGCAGCACCCCUUAUCCCCAAGCUGGCGCCAAUUGCUGUGGCCCUUGCCAAUCUACCUGUUGGUGAUGUUCGGCUGCUACUCGCUGGGAGUCGUGGGCUACCGCCUGGCUACCUUCAACGACUGCCAGGAGGCCUCGCUGGAGCUGCAGGCGCAAAUCCGAGAGGCCCGAGCCGACCUCGCCCGCCGCGGCAUGAAGUUUUGAACCCGGGGCUCUUGCGGGAACAGAAAUGACCCAUGGACGAUAAACGACGGGCGGCAUAGGACGGAACUGUUUGGGCUGUGGCCCGGCGGGAGAAUCCAUCCCAGAAAAAGAGCUGCUUCUUUUUUAAAAAAAAACACUUUUUUUUUAUUAAAACUUUGAACGGUAGCAAAAAGUAAUCUGGCAUCUGAAUCAGUGUAAAUAGAAAAAUGAGAAAUGUAGGAAAAUAAUGCAGAGAAUAAGGGAGGGAGGGAAGGAAGGAAAGGAAGGAGAAAACGGUUGAUAAUGGAGAAGGCAAGGAAGGGACGGAAAGAAAUAACGAUAAACUAAUAAGGGAGGGAAGGAAAGAAGGGAAUAGCUAGAUAGACAAGGGAAGGAAAUAGAUAAACACGACAGGGAGAGAGGGAGGGAAGGAAGGAAGGUAAAAACAGGAUUGAUAAUGAAACUGAAGGAGGCAAGGAAGGAAUAGAGGAAGAAGAACAAUCCACAUUUUUUAAAAAAAACUUCAUCUCCCAAGUCAGAAAAAGCUUUUCGGGAAAGGAGCCAGACAGACCAAAAUAUGGCGACAAAGGAGGAGCGUAGAGCUGACCAAGAAUUUUCUUUUCUGUAUCUCUUUCGCAAUUAAAUUGAAUUUUCAUUU